AUGGGGUGUCGGCCUAGCACUUUUCCCAUGGAUAAAAAUGCUAAACUCCAGAAGAAUGAUGAAGAUAAGCGAGCGGAUGCACAUAAAUAUAGAAGACUAGUAGGAAGAUUGCUAUACUUACAAGCAACCAGGCCCGACAUUACCUACUCGGUUAACGUUUUAAGCCAGUUUGCGACAGAUCCUCGUGAAAGUCACAUGAAUGCUGCUAUGAGAGUGUUGAGAUACUUGAAAGCUACACUGGCACAGGGGAUACUCCUUACAAAGGAGGUUGAAGCAAAUUUAAUUGCUUAUACCGAUUCAGAUUGGCUUGGGUGUCCAGAUACGAAAAGAUUGAUGACCGGUUACUUAUUACUUCUGGGGGGUGCCCCGAUAUCAUGGAAAUCGAAAAGGCAGUUUGUUGUGUCUCGCUCUUCCGCAAAACCUGAAUAUCGAGCAAUGGCAACUACGGUUAGUGAAGUCAUUUGGCUUCGAUGGCUUCUAAAAGAGUUAGGUAUAGAACAAAGUGAUCCUACUCAACUAUUAUGUGACAACAUGGCUAUGAAACACAUUGCAAAUAACCCGGUAUUUCACGAGAGCACCGAGCACGUUGAAAUGGAUUGCUAUUUUGUCUGUGAAUGCGUCGAGUCAAAAGAAGUGAAACCUUUACACAUUGACACUAAGUCUCAAGUUGCGGAUUUGUUUACCAAAGCUUUGGGAGCUAAACAACUCCAAUCUCUACUUGACAAGUUGGGCAUUUGCAACCUUCAUGCUCCAACUUGA